AUGGAUGAAAUUGGCAUCGACAUUCAGCGAAAUGAACCAACCUUUGACUCGGUGGUGAGCGAGAAGUCGGCGCUCAUCCAAGAACUUCAAGAAGAGGAUCUGUACAUCAAAUACAAGAAACUCGCGCGACAUCUAGAAAUGCUCGACAUUCAGGAAAGCUAUAUUAAGGACGAGCAGGCCAACCUAAAACGAGAACUCAUUCGUGCACAAGAGGAAGUAAAACGCAUACAAUCGGUUCCACUCGUCAUUGGCCAAUUCCUGGAGCCUAUCGACCAGCACACAGGUAUCGUCGGCUCUACGACCGGGUCUAACUAUGUGGUUCGAAUUUUGUCAACUCUGGAUCGAGAGCUUCUCAAACCCUCGUCAUCUGUCGCUCUUCAUCGUCAUUCAAAUGCUCUAGUGGAUAUCCUUCCCCCGGAAGCAGAUUCAUCUAUUGCCAUGCUUGGAAAGGACGAGAAGCCGGACGUUUCCUACUCAGAUGUGGGUGGAAUGGACUCGCAAAAGCAGGAAAUUAGGGAAGCUGUCGAGCUACCCCUUACACACUUUGACCUAUACAAGAAGAUUGGUAUUGACCCUCCAAGAGGUGUAUUAUUGUACGGUCCUCCUGGUACCGGUAAAACGAUGCUAGUAAAGGCUGUAGCGCAUCACACAUCAGCGUCUUUCAUCCGUGUCGUCGGAAGCGAGUUUGUUCAGAAGUAUCUCGGUGAAGGUCCCCGUAUGGUUCGAGAUGUUUUCCGAAUGGCUCGAGAAAACUCCCCUGCUAUCAUCUUUAUCGACGAAAUUGACGCCAUCGCCACCAAACGUUUCGAUGCGCAGACGGGUGCGGAUCGAGAGGUCCAGCGUAUUCUACUUGAGCUGCUCAACCAGAUGGACGGUUUUGACCAAGGUAGCACUGUCAAGGUUAUCAUGGCUACAAAUCGAGCUGAUACUCUCGAUCCUGCCCUGAUGCGUCCUGGUCGUCUUGAUCGCAAAAUUGAAUUCCCUCUUCCUUCACGAAGAGAGAAACGUUUGAUAUUCCAAACUGUGACGAGCAAAAUGAAUUUAGGCCCAGACGUAGAUCUGGAAGAUUAUGUUUCUCGACCUGACCGGAUAUCCUCCGCAGAAAUUGCAUCUAUUGUACAAGCCGCGGGACUCCAAGCUGUUCGUAAGAAUCGUUAUGUCAUUUUGCCAGUCGACUUCGAGGAAGCUUGGAAACAAACCGUCAAACGGUCGGACGAAACCCAUGAAUUCUAUCGGUAG